AUUAUCAAAAUCAUCAUGGCCAUGGAUAUCAAAGGACAACAUCAUACUGUUUCUGGUGGCAACAUGACAACUUUUAUGUGCUCUUACAAAAUAAUUAUGAUAACAAUUUUUGUUUUCUCGUCUCUUUUGUGAAGAAAUGCGUCUAAAAGAGUGUUCUUUAUUAAUGUUUUGUGUUAUUUCAUGUGUUGAAUAAAUUUGUUCCAGUAAAUCAGUGUCGUGUGUAUACUUAAAGGUUAUGUGUGCUUCGUAUCUAAUGUCAUUUCAUUAAUUUAUCAAAAUAUUUUACCAUAAUGGAGGAAGAAAUAGAUGGAUGCAAUGAGAGUGAAAUUCAGGAUCUUCUUUUGUAUUUCUCGAAAAAUACUUACAGAGCUAAAGAGUCAGACCACGAGAGUCAACGAAUAUUAGACAAAUGUAUAGAACUUAUGUCUUUGGACUACAAUACUGUGUUGGUGAACAACGCGAAUGGUGAGCUGAGUGCCCACUAUCCAGCGCAAAUAGUCAUAAUGGAGCACGAGCGGGCUCAACAGCCUGGCUCGCCAUCACCUGAACUCCGUUCCCAAGACACAAUCUACGAGAGUAUGUGUGAUGUUUCCAAGCUGAAAGAGUUGUUUGGCAAAGCAAAGCCAGCCAGAUGUAGGGGUCGAUUUCCUGUUCCAGUCAUUUACUUCAAAGGAAAAUAUGUUUGCAGAUCAGCUACCUUGUCCGGCGGAAUUGAAAUCUAUGGCAGAUCAGGUUUAGAUUUUCUGUCAACAACUGAGACCGAUUCAGAUUCAGUGCAAUUGGAAGAAGAGAUGUCUGGCAACUGGCAGUUAUUCAACAGAGUCCGAAGUCAUGACAUCCGUCUUCUACAAACUUUAAAUAUCGGCACUAUUGUUGACUUUAUGGUGGAAAAGAAAAAGGUCAAAUAUGGCAUCAAUGUGUCUUCAUCAGAGAAAGUAGACAAGGAGAAUCGAUAUGCUGACUUCAAGAUUGUCUCUUUGCCAUAUCCUGGCUGUGAAUUUUUCAAGAACUAUCGGGACAAUGAUUACAUCGCAAAUGGCUUGGUUUUUGACUGGGAGCAGGCAUAUGCUGAUGCAGUUCUAGAGGUGCCUGAUGAACCAAUCGCCAAACAACUCAAGAUUAACUGGGAUGAUUACAAGAUGUGGGACCUGAAGGAGAUGACUGAGAACUACGUGCGACUGCUGGUCCGCUACAUGAGUGAAGGCAGCACUGGGAUGCUGGUGCACUGCAUCAGUGGCUGGGACCGCACUCCACUGUUCAUCUCGCUUCUGCGUCUGUCGCUGUGGGCCGAUGGCGUCACCCAUCGCUCCCUCUCCACCCGGCAGAUCCUCUACCUCACGCUCGCCUACGAUUGGAUGCUCUUCGGACACGACCUCGUCGACCGCCUCAGCAAGGGAGAGGAAAUCCUCUUCUUCUGCUUCUACAUGUUGAAAGCCAUUUCCGGCGACGAGUUCAGUGUAAAUAGGAAGGAGAAAAACAUGUGCAAACAGCCGCAGCCAGUUAUCAGAACGGACUCAGAGUCGCAUUUGGAGGGUGUUUUGUUCGAGGCUGGCUCGCAGGGUUCGCUCAAUUCGUCAUGGAGCUCACUCAGCAGCAAAAGCCAAGAAGCUGCUAACUUCUAUUGUACUGAUGAUACUAAUGGCAACGCCGUCCACGUGGUAGCAAGCCAGUCGUCCAGUGAGCAGCAGAGACCAGUCGCCGACGACGAGGCCGACAACGGCAACAACCAUUGCAACCAUUCCAAAGCCCACACUAGUCCUGUGGCCGUGCCUUCUAGGUCCAUGGUUAGACAUCGUAAUGAAUCCACCGGAUCCCUCAAUGUCGGAAGCUGGCAAUUCAUUACCGGCUCCGGCAGCCUUAGAGGAUCGUCGUCUUCCAGCUCAAAUGUUACAACCCGAUAUAGUGACACCACAUUUCAUGAGGAUGAACCAGCUAGAUUGGCUGGUGACACACCCACUGGUCCCACACCAUUAGAAGAUGACUGCUUCAUAUACAGCAAUGGAACACUUGACGCUGUGCCUUUACGGAGCGAGAGAUUGAGAAAAGUGCGGGAGCUCUUCCUCUACUGUUUUUGCUCAACCAUAGGAUUAAGAACAAAGGACGGCUCUGAGAAAAGCUUAACUAGCCAAGCGUUGAAUAGUAUAGUUGAGCAAUGUAACAAAUAUGUGUACAAUAAAUAUUAGGAAUGACUGAUUGAAUUCUAUCAAUUAUUAUUCUAUCAACAAUUUGACAUGUAUGUACAAAAUAUUUAUAAAGACAUGCAACAAAUCAU